AAGGUGAUGUGAUAUUUUUAAUAAACAAACAAGCUAGUUGUCAUUUUUUACAUUUUUACCGAACUGGUAUUUUUCGUGGUUAGUUUUUAAUCGGAAUAAAAUUUUUCUUUAAUCGCUUGUGAGUUGCUGUGGGUAUUAUAAGGAACUGAAAGAAAAUAAGAGUGUCUAAUCUAUUAAAUUAUCACAGUCUUAUCACUUUCAAGAUAAAUCUUGCACAAUAUUAGGUAUCUUUCGAUUGAGGUUUCUUUUCAAAUAAACUAUAUUAAAAUUUGAAUACGCAUUUUGGUGUUCUAAAUAUUGAAGCAGGAGUUGGGAUUUCAAGUAUUUGUGUAGCUGCUAAAUAUUAUUGACAAUGUUUUCUUUGGGGUUGCGCACUUUGCCAGUUUCGAUGAAUCUCCAUAUGCUUAACCGUAAGCGUGUUUGCCAGGAACUGAAGAAGCUUAAUUUGGGGAAAAGCAUUAUUGUUCUUGAAGGCGGUGAUUCCAAAACGAGAUAUUGUACAGAUCAUGAAGAGUUGUUUCGGCAGGAAUCUUUUUUUCACUGGGCGUUUGGAGUUUUGGAACCUGGUUGUUUUGGAGCCAUAGACGUAAACAGUUUCCGUUCUUAUCUCUUUUUCCCUAAACUUCCUGAGAGUUAUGCAGUUUGGAUGGGAAAGCUACAUACUUUGGAUCAUUUUAAAAAUCGAUAUUCAGUUGAUGAAGUCCAUUAUGUAAAUGAUAUCGCGGCUGUUUUGAAAUCUUUGGCACCAGAUGUACUCCUUACUCUAAAAGGUAUCAAUAGUGAUAGUGGAAAUGAGACGCAUGAAGCUGUAUUUGAGGGAAUCUCCGAUUUUAAAGUCGAUAAUACAAGUCUUUACCCAAGAAUGGUCGAAUGUCGAGUCAUUAAAACUCCACUUGAACUAGAAGUUCUUCGAUAUGUUAACAAAUUGAGCAGUGAUGCACACAAAGUGGUAAUGCAAGAAAUUAGACCAGGAAUGAAGGAAUACCAGUUAGAAAGUAUCUUUAAACAUCAUUGUUAUCGAAAUGGAGGAGCUCGUCAUGUGUCUUACACGUGCAUAUGUGGAAGUGGAAAUAAUGGAGCAACAUUGCAUUACGGUCAUGCUGGUGCCCCUAAUGAUAAGACUGUGGAAGAUGGAGAUAUGUGUCUUUUUGACAUGGGAGGAGAGUAUUAUUGCUAUGCCUCUGAUAUUACCUGCUCAUUUCCCGCAAAUGGCAAAUUUAGAAAAGAUCAGAAACUUAUCUACAAUGCUGUCUUAGCAUCCAGUAGAGCUGUCUUCAAAGAAGUAAAACCUGGUGUGAACUGGGUUGAGAUGCAUAAGUUGGCUGAUCGGGUUCAUUUGGAAGAAUUGAAAAAAGGUGGUUUGCUGAAGGGAGAUAUUGAGGAAAUGAUGUCUGUUCGCUUGGGAGCGAUCUUCAUGCCCCACGGUUUAGGUCACUUUAUGGGAAUAGAUACUCAUGAUGUAGGAGGUUAUCUUGAAGGUUCACCCCCACGACCAGCCGAGGACGGAUUAAAGAGUCUACGUACCGCCAGAGAUUUGGCUGCUGGUAUGGUAAUAACAGUGGAGCCAGGGAUAUACUUCAUUGACUGUUUGCUGGAUAAAGCUUUGAACGAUCCAAAACUAGCAAAAUUCCUCGUGCCAGACGUUAUUGAAAAAUUCAGAGGAUUCGGUGGGGUGCGAAUUGAAGAUGAUAUUGUAAUAACUGAAGAUGGUAUGGAGUUGAUGACAGAUGUGCCACGAACCGUUGAAGAAAUCGAAGCACUAAUGGCUGAAAAGAAGUAACAUUCCUUAUUAAAUACUUUUGAUUGUGUCAGGUCAUAUUUUGUUAAAAAGAAAAAUUGUUUAUUGCUGUUAAGCAGACUCAGGUCUGUUUUAAUAAAUUAUAUUUUCAGAAAAA